CCCUUUCGACAUGUUUUGCCGGCCAGCAGCACGACUAAGACAAGCAGCCUCGCCUCUUUUGAAGCAAAAUGGCUUGCGAACUCGAAGCAACCAGUCCAGGCAGCCUUUGAAAGCCAGACCUGCCCAGACGCCUUUCUGGAAUUCCGGCAAAGUACUGCUCUUCACAGCUGUGACUGGGACAGUCGCAUACUACUAUGGCGUCAACAGCAGUACCUCUCAAAUCCAAAUGGCAGGACGCAAGCUCCUGGGGCCUAGAUAUGCAUCCAAGAAAGAGAUGGAGAAGGCCAUCGACGAGUUGAGGCUUACGCUUGGGGAAGAUGCAAUCAGCACAGAUGACGAGGAUCUACAUAGACAUGGGUACUCGGAAUGGUCGUCGAUGAACAUUGAUCAACUGCCGGUCGCAGUAGCAUAUCCGAAGUCGACGGAGGAAGUUGCUCAGAUUGCGAAGACGUGUCACAGGUUCAAAGUACCAAUGAUUCCCUACUCUGGAGGAUCGAGCCUAGAGGCCAACUUCGCAGCUCCCUUUGGGGGCAUAAGUAUUGAUUUUACGUUCAUGGACAAGAUACUAGCCAUGCACCCAGAUGAUAUGGACGUGGUGGUACAGCCUUCAGUACCAUGGAUGAGUCUCAAUGAUCAGAUCAAAGACUCGGGUCUCUUUUUCCCAGUAGACCCUGGACCAUCUGCCAGAAUCGGAGGCAUGGUCGGAACAAGCUGCAGUGGAACUAACGCUGUGCGAUACGGUACUAUGAAGGAUUGGGUCAUCAACCUGACUGUAGUCCUCGCAGAUGGGACGAUCAUCAAGACGAGACGUCGGCCACGAAAAUCUUCAGCUGGUUAUAAUCUUACCGGUCUGUUUGUUGGUUCCGAAGGAACACUCGGCUUAGUAACUGAAAUUACUCUGAAGUUGGCUGUGGUUCCGCAGGAGACCAGUGUUGCCGUGGUAACGUUUCCUACAAUCCGUGAUGCUGCAGCUGCUGCAUCCAAGGUUCUACGUGCGGGGAUACCUAUCGCAGCAAUGGAGAUCAUGGACGAUGUGCAGAUGAUGGUGGUUAACAAGGCUGGCUCCACGAAUAGGAAGUGGAAAGAAGUACCUACUAUGUUCUUCAAAUUUUCAGGCACCAAGGCAGGAGUACAAGAGAAUAUUGGGCUUGUAAAGUCGAUUGCCAAAGCGCAUAAGAGUGGGGACUUUGAGUUUGCAAGAAAUGCUGAGGAACAAAAGACGCUCUGGUCAGCGCGAAAGGAGUCUCUCUGGAGUAUGAUGGCGCUUCGUCGAGAGGGUGAUGAGGUCUGGUCUACGGACGUCGCAGUCCCGAUCUCGAGACUUCCGGACAUCAUAGAAAUAUCAAAGAAGGAAAUGGACGAUCUAGGCCUCUUCGCUAGCAUUCUCGGUCACAUUGGAGAUGGCAACUUUCACGAGAGCAUCAUGUACAACAGCAAAGAUCCGAAAGAGCGGGCAGCUGUCGAAAAGUGCGUCCACGAUAUGGUCGACCGCGCGCUCGAAAUGGAGGGUACAUGUACUGGCGAGCACGGUAUUGGGUUAGGAAAGAAGGGAUCACUUCAAAAGGAACUUGGUUUGGAUACGAUCAAUGUGAUGAAGAGCAUCAAGCGGUCUUUGGAUCCAUACUGGCUGAUGAACCCAGGGAAGAUUAUGGAUGCUUAAGUGUGAGAGUCAGAAUGGGGUUCUCCCUGCAUGGUUGUACAAUUUGUUCUACUUGGGUGGAUAUUUGUUUUUGUUAGUUUGGGCUACUUUUUUAGAGCAUAGACAUAAUUGGUAUCAUCAACCGUUACAAGAACGUGUUC